AUGUCUUCAUCCAUGGCUAUCGAUAUUCUUCAUUUUACUCAACAAUAUUCACUCUACAGUACUUCUUUUAUAUUUACUGUUGGUACAAUUGGAAAUCUACUCAAUAUUCUUGUUUUCACUACACUGAAACUCUUUCGAAACAAUCAAUGUGUUCUUUAUGUUGUCACAGAAUCAAUCACAAAUAUAUUUCAACUAACGAUCUUUGCUCUCAUCUAUAUACUCAUAGCAUUAUAUCAGACUGAUCCAGCUGGUUCAUCACUUUUCUGGUGUAAACUUCGAGGUAUGAUGGUUAUCUUGUGUACACUUAUUUCAUUUUCUACAAUAUGCUUCUCUGCUUCUCAUCAAUAUCUUUCCACAAGUCCUCUCCUCCAUUUAAGACAAUUAUCUACUAUUAAAACAGUAAGAUUUCUUAUAUGUGCAUCAGUUGUCAUUUCAAUAUUACAUACUAUACCAUUUGGUAUAUUCACCGUAAUUCAAGCAUCUGUUUGUGGUAUAUUUAAUCAAAGCAUGUCAAACUAUGUAUCUUAUUUCUAUUAUCCAGUUCUAUCUGGACUUUUACCUGUUCUUAUUGCAUCAGUAUUUAGUAUUUUAGCAUAUAAUAAUGUUCGACGAAUAGUUCGAAGACAAGUACCAAUAGUUCGACGAAGACUUGAUCAACAGUUAACUGCAAUGAUACUUAUUCGUAUCAUAGUAUUUAUUGUUUUAACAUUACCCUAUGAUAUUCAAAGAAUGUAUACAUAUAUUACAAAAGUGAAUCAAUCAAAUCUACUUUAUUACGCAAUUAAUUAUCUCAUUGGAGCAGUUUUAAUAACAUUGUUCAAUUUAAACUAUGCGAUAUCUUUUUAUAUAUUUUUCAUUACAUCUGCUCGAUUCCGUCGACAAGUGAAACAUGUUUUGGUGAAGAACUGUUGGCGACGAUGCAAACGAUGGUUUCUUCAUAGUCGAAAUCAAGUUAAUCCAAAUGAGAAUAUAAGAUCACCUGAAUCUAGUGUCGUGCUAGAUUAA